GGGCGUGGUUUCCAAAGCCUGCACUCACGUUGCACUGAUGUGUUGAACCGCUGAUUGAGGGAAAGACCAUCUCUGGAGAAACUAGGGCAACAGAAGAACAAUAAUCGUUGUAGGCAACUAACGUCUUAAAGAAAGUUUCUGCGUACAUCCACCGGGUUCGUUGGAUAUAGGCGCACUUUCUACGACGUUGAAUUGUCACCAGGAUAUUUUUCAGUGGAUUUAAGAGGGAAAAACGGGAGUGUAUACAACGAAGAGUUAGCUAAGUUCACCAGCAGCUACAUAGAUAACAUUAGAAAGCUGGCUAUAGCGAGUUAGUCCGUAUAAUUCACCACUUUUUUGGCUCCAUUUCUACUAUCAUAUAUAAGGCCCUGAGGAGACGUCGCCUGCUCGUGAGGAGCCACGCUUAAACAGACAGCAUGCAGAACGCCGGGCGUCACUGGGGCUCUCUGCCCAGGGGACUCUGCUGAGGCGUGAGAGGGCCGGGUGGAGAGAGAGAGAGAGAGUGAGGAAGAGAGAGAGAAAGGAAGAGGAGAAGAGCGCGGGAGAGAGAGAGAGAGAGAGGACUGCUGAUCCGUUCCCGGAGGGCCUGAUGGUGGAGAUGCCGGGGACUUCCAGCUCGUUUCCGGAGGGAGAGGACAACGCCCCGGCCCCGCCCGGGUCGCGGGAGGCCGACGGGACGGCGGAGCGGGACUGCGGAGGGCCGCAGGGCCCCGGGGCCGCAGAGUCAGCCUCCGGGUCUGGGUCGGGUUCCGGGUCCGGGUCCGGGUCCGGGUCCGGGUCGGGCGAGGACGAGGAGGAGGCGGAAGGGGACGUUGGAGGGGGCCGGCGUCGGGGCGCGGCAGGGGCGGCUGAGGGGAGCAGUGGGGAGCCCUCCCCCGGGGAGCAGGGCCAGGACGACGUGGACAUGAGCAGCAGCGGCCACGACUCCGGCAGCGGGAACGACUCCUGCGGCCGCUCGUCCUCCGCCAACCGCAGCCCCCGCAGCGCCGCCUGCUCCGGCAGCGCCAAGAGCGAGCAGCUGGGCCGGGAGCGGGCGCAGGAGCACCGGGAGGUGAUGGAGACGGUGCAGGAGAUGAAGAAGAGGCUGCCGUCGGAGAAGAGGAGCCGCAGCAAGGCCAGCACGGUGGAGGCGCUCAACUACGCGCUCAACUGCGUCAAGCAGGUGCAGGCUAACAGCGAGUACUACAAGCUGCUGAUGAGCAGCGGGCUGGAGGAGAGGAAGGAAGCCGCGGUCUGCCCCCUGGAGGAGCUGGAGAGCAUUACCUCGGAACACACCCUCAAAAACACGGACACGUUCGUGGCGGUGUUCUCGCUGACCAGCGGCCGCAUCCUGUUCGCCUCCGAGCAGGCGGCCUGCAUCCUCAGCUGCAAGCGCAAGUUCCUGCAGUCCGCCAAGUUCGUGGAGCUGCUCUUCCACCAGGACGUCAACGUCUUCUACUCGCACACCGCCCAGCCCCACCUGCCCCCCUGGAGCGUGGGCUCCCAAAACGCGGCCAUUUUGUUCCAGUGCGCCCAGGUGAAGUCCUUCUUCUGCCGCAUCAGGGGGGGGAAGGACCGGGACGGGGAGAUGCGCUACAACCCGUUCCGCAUCACGCCCUACCUGCUGAAGGUGCAGGGCGGGGAGGGGGAGGGGGAGGGGGAGGCGGAGCGACCCUGCUGUCUGGCGCUGGCCGAGCGCAUCAUCUCAGGAUACGAAGCGCCGCGGAUCCCCAUGGACAAGCGCAUGUUCACCACCACGCACUCCCCCGGCUGCGUCUUCCUGGAGGUGGACGAGCGUGCUGUGCCGUUGCUGGGAUACCUCCCUCAGGACUUGAUUGGGACGUCGGUGCUGACCUGCCUGCAUCCUGAGGACCGCGCGCUCAUGCUCGCCAUGCACCGCAAAAUCCUGAAGUACGCGGGCCAGCCCCCCUUCGAGCACUCCCCCAUCCGCUUCCGCUGCCAGAACGGGGACUACAUCACCCUGGACACCAGCUGGUCCAGCUUCAUCAACCCCUGGAGCCGCAAGGUGGCCUUCAUCAUCGGGAGGCACAACGUCCGCACCGGCCCUCUCAACGAGGACGUGUUCGCAGCGCAGACUAAAGGGGAGGGGCCUGUCAUCUUCGAGGAGGUCAAAGAACUGCAGGCGCAGAUCUACAAGCUGUUUCUGCAGCCCGUCCACAACAAGGGCUCCAGCGGCUACGGCAGCCUGGGCAGCAACGGCUCCCACGAGCCCUACAUCAGCGUGGCCUCGUCCAGCGACAGCAACGGCAACCUGUGGGAGGAGUCGCACCGCCAGCCGAUGACGCUGCAGCAGAUCAGGGCUGAUGUCAGCAGGGUGAAGAGCUGGGGCCAGCAGGCCUACCUGCACUCACGCAGGAAACACCCCCCCUUCGGGAAACCCCCGCCAGGGCCGGCGGUGCCUCUUCCUCACCAGGCCCAGAAUUCGGCACUCAGGGGUCGCCACGGUCAGACCCCCGAGGAGUCGCGGAAGCAGCCGCACGUUCCGUCCUACCAGCAGAUCAACUGCGUGGACAGCAUCAUCAGGUACCUGGAGAGCUGUACGGUCCCGGCACUGAAGCGCAAGAGCAAGUCUCUGUCCAUCGCUACCUCCUCCUCUUCCUCAGCGUCGGAGGAAGAGAAGACCCCCGCGGACCUGCACGGGGACGCCGUGCACACAGAGGACGUGGCGCUGGUGGCCCCCGGAGCUCCGGACAGCCAGGUUUCGGCGGGGUCGGUGGCGGCCGUGGUGGGGGCGCCCCUGACGGACAUCACCCUGUCCACCAAGGCCAUGAGCGUGGUGUCCAUCACCAGCCAGUGCAGCUACAGCAGCACCAUUGUGCACGUGCCCCAGCCCGAAUCUGAGGUGACCGCGCUGGAGGACGCGCCGAUGGGCAGCGAGCAAGCCGACCCCGCCCCUCCGCUGACGCCCCGCCCCCCCGAGGAGUUCCGCGUGGUGGGGCUGACCAAGGAGGUGCUGUCGGCGCACACGCAGAAGGAGGAGCAGGAGUACGUGGACCGCUUCCGCCACCGCAUCCUGCAGAGCCCCUACAGCUCCUACCUGCAGCAGGACGACAGCAGCCUGGCGCACUCGCACCACCACGGCGAGCACGGGCCCACGAAGCCGGCUAGCGCUCGCGGCGGCGGCUGGAGCAAGUCCAAAACCGGGAAGCCCAAACACAAGCGGCCCAAAGCGCGGGACUCCUCGGACAGCUACACCUCCCCCCGCCAGCCCCCGCAGCCCCCGGACUCCUCCUGGCCCCCCUCCGAGUCCUCCCAGCCGCAGCCCGCCCCCGGCGGCGCGGGCUUCCUGCCCCCCCUGCUCAUGCCCUCCUUCCAGGCCCCCUACUUCAGUGGCCUGGGGCAAGUGGGCAACUCCGCGGCCAACUCCGCCUUCAACGCAGGCAGCCAGCAGGGCGGGGCCCUCUUUGUGCUGCAGCCAGAUCAAAUCAUGCAGCCUGCGCAGAGCAUGCAGCCCAUGCAGAACAUGCAAACCAUGCAGAACAUGCAGCCAAUUCAAAUCAUGCAACCAAUGCAGAACGUGCAGCCUAUGCAGAACAUGCAGCCUAUUCAAAACAUGCAGCCCAUGCAGAACAUGCAACCAAUGCAGAACAUGCAGCCCAUGCAGAACAUGCAACCAAUGCAGAACAUGCAGCCCAUGCAGAACGUGCAACCUUACACGGCGCCUGUCAUGGCCUGGGUCAUGUUGAACUACCCCGCCUAUCCCAACUACCCCCUGUACCCCCAGGGGAUGCUCCCGGCGAUGGCUCCAGCUGCCCCUCUCCUCCCCCAGCCCUUCAGCCUUCCCGGGUUCGGCCCCGCCCCCGGCCCCGCCCCCUUCCACACGGGCCACGCCCCCCAGCCCGGGACGCUGGCGUCGUCCCCUCCCGCCCCGCCCUUCAUGGCCUCCUCCAACCCCCCCUCCUCCCUGGGGGAGGACGCGGACGCCACUCAGCCCACCGCGCUCUUCUCCAGCUCCCGCUCCAGCUCCCCGCUGCAGCUCAACCUCCUGCAGGAGGAGCUGCCUCCGCAGAGCAGCACGGGCCAGGCCGAGAGCCUCCAGGAGCCGCACGCCAAAGCGGAGGACGCGGCCAGCGAUUCGGGUAACCACGACGACCAGUCCACCUCCAGCAAGCUGCUGGACCUGAUGCUGCAGGCGGACGCCCGGUCCGGGACGGGCUCCAACGCCUCGGGCAGCCGGUCCGGGGAGUCCGGGGGGUCGCUGGGCUCGGGGUCGGGGUCCGGGUCCGGGUCGGGCUCCAACGGCACCUCCACCAGCCACACGGGCAGCAGUAACAGCAGUAAGUACUUUGCCAGUAACGACUCCUCGGACACGUCCCGGAAGGCCAGGAAGCACGUGGAGGCCCCGGAGAGGCCCGGGUUCGACGACUGUGCGGAGGACUCGAUCUGGACCCUCAUCCAGCAGACCCCCGAGCCCGUGAUGCUGACCUACCAGAUUCACUCCAGGGACCAGGCGCAGGUGCUGCAGGAGGACCGGGAGAAGCUGCUGCUGCUGCAGCCCAGGCAGCCGCACUUCACCCAGCAGCAGAGGGAGGAGCUGGCCGAGGAGCACCCCUGGAUCCAGCAGCGCGGGCUGCCACACGAGAUCGGCACACAGGGCUGUGUGGACUGCUGCACGGGACCCGGCGACACGUCGCCACGCCCCUCGCCCCGCCCACAGACUCCCAACACCUCCAGCCCAUUGGACGGUCUGCCAGAGGACUCCGGCCCCCCCGCCAACACCUGAUGUGUCACCCCAACCGCCCCGCCCCCCCUCGCCCAGAGGAACACAGGGGCUCAGACUAAAGCCCCCCCUCCCCCCCUCAGAGUUACCCGCGGCUCUCUGUACCUAGAACAGUGCUGGGCGUGAGGAGGGGCCUGCUUCGCUUGCAGGGCGUGAGGAGGGGCCCAUUUCGCUUGCAGGGCGUGAGGAGGGGUCCGUUUCGCUGCGUACCGCGCCGUUCCGUUUACACACGCGCUUCACGCGCACGUAACGCACGGCAACGCCACUUAGCGCACGUGGACCCGGUGUUCUGACUGUGGCGGAGCUGGGCUGUUCCCAGCCCGUUGCAGAACAAGGCCAGUUUCUUACGGGCGUAACGAUCGAAGGUGGGUUCGGAUUCGGGUUCAGGUGGGGAGCGGCGUUCGGGACGGGGUCCGCUGUGAGCGGACACGUUACCGUCUGCGCCUGUUUAAUCCCUCGAACGAUGGACCUCAACAACUGUGACUCUUAAAAAACCGUCCAGCAGUAUCUGUUCAUACGUACACUCCCGUUCCUUUUCCUGUUCUUUUGAAGAUUGUAUUCAGGCACAAGGGUGUACGUGUGUGUAUGUGUCUCUGUGUGUGUGUGUGUGUUAUUUAACUCAAGUAAAUGGAGCCCGUAGCAUGUACAUUCCAUACCUGUGCCAAUGCGGUGUGUGUGUCUCACGCUGCGGCAACAGGAGUCCCGGGUGCGCGGAACAGAGGGGAAACCACGUCCCCCCAAAAGACAGUCCCACCCUGUUCAUGUCCUCCGAGAAGCCGUUGAACUGGAAACGGUCAUUUUUUAAAAUUUUAUUUUUCAUUGUGAAAUAAUCUGUUCUCACAGGCAGUAUUACAGAACUGUUUUUAAACGCCGUGUCGGUCCAAGGUGCUCGCCCAAAGCUGUGAUCUUUUAGUUGGGACUGCAGCGUGUGUUGUAAUGGCUCUGUCCCCCCCGUUUUUGGGGAAACUCCCAUCGUCUGCUUCGGGUUGUUUAGUGAACAGAGUCUGCCGGAGACAUUUUUGUUGCUCACUAUGUUUCAUCCCUUGGAUGAGUCCUAGGUGCAGGUUCCGUUCGUUUCGGUGAGACUAGACCAAUCGCAACGCCGCAUUUUGAAGUGAAGGGGGCAGGCCGCGCCCGUUUCGUUACGACGGGAUUGUGGUGACCGCCCAGGUCCAGGGGUGUGACUGUAGGAACAUGAGCGUCCGCGUCGAUGGGACAGCUCGACGCAUUUAUCGCUUCAGAAUCGCUGUGGGGUUCGGGCAGAUCCCCGGCCACGGACGAUGGUGGUGCUGCGUGAGUGAGCUGGAGGAGCAACGACUGUUUUCAGCCCCCAAAACCCCCCUCGCCCCCCGCCCUCCCCAGCCCCGCCCUCCCCAGGUGCGAAGCUACAGCAUCACUUUUGAAGCAGCACACUUUCCUGUUUGCUUCCAGAACUUUCUCUCCUUAAACCAGUGGCCCAGAACAGAGCCAGCUCAGGCCCUCCUUGGGGGGGGGGGGGGGGGGUACACAGUCAGUAUGAGAACGGCUGUGGGCUCCCCAUUAAACUGCCAGUUAUGCCAUAGGAGACGGCUCCCCCCAGAUACUGUUUUUCCAUUAUGAAUGAUGAUACCUGUUUGGAUGAAAUUAAGUUGGCCCUGUGAAAAAAAAAAAAAAAAAAAAAUGAAUGAAUCGUUGACUAAUGGAUUUUGAAAGCGAGGUUUCCCCAGAGUAGAGACAGUGUCUUGGUUUUGCCGCUGGAUGGUGAAAUUGGCUCUUGUUCAGCCCGUGAACAAGGCCUGCUAUUCUUUAAUUUAUUGAAAUAUGCCAAAAAAAAACAAAAAAUCUCAAAUGUCUAUUUUUGUUGUGUGUAAAUUUGUGGCUAAUUUGUUCAGUUCCUUUUUGUCCUGUUAGAGAUGCGGUCUUUGAGAGGAGAGCGUUGUAGUGACGGAGUUAAAAGCAGACUUGUAGGCGAUGUCCCGUGGGACAGCUUUCAGACCGCACACCUGCCCGCACACCUGUCUAUUAAACGGCUGGGUUUUUGUACAGUUUUUGCCUCAGUGCAGGGAUCUCACAGGUUUUGUACAGUAUUUUUAGAGAGAGAAAUAUAACAGCACCUUGUAUUUUACAAAAGAAAUGACAAAAACAAACGUGAAGAGUAUGAAUAAUGGCUUUUUUGUCGGCUGUUCAGGGAGUCACUUUGUGGCACCAUGAAGUGACUAAAUAAACGAUGACUAUU